UUCGCGCUGAGUACACAGCUCAGAGGGCCCCCUAUCAGCUGUGGGGCCCAGAGCUCACCAGAGAGAGGUACAGCUGACACCUGCAGUCACCUUCCACUCCAGAGAUGAUAAAGAAGAUCAGCUUCCCCGUGGCUCUGGGGCUGGCAUCCCUGGGGGCUUUAUCAGGGCAGAAGCUGCUUUGCCAGGAAGAUGAAACUGUCACAGAGGGAAAGAAAUGCGCAGAGGAGGAGAGAGCCACAAGGAAAACAAAACCCAGGCCUGGACCGACUCCUGGGCACCAAAGGCAAGCAGCAAACUGCAAGUGCAUCCUGACUGGCUUGUGGAGGAAUGAGCUGGGCUCCCAGAUGCAGAUACAGCAAGUGAACAGGGACGGCACCUUCUCUGGCAAGUACCACACGGCCGUGUCGCUCGCUCAGAGACCCAUCCAACCCGCGUCCCUCAACGGGUCCCAGCACUUCGACGAGGCGGGGCAGCCGACGUUUGGCUUCACUGUCAACUGGAAAAGCUUCUCAGACUCAACCACCGUCUUCACGGGCCAGUGCUUUGUGGACGAGAACGGGAAGGAAAUUCUGGAAACCAUGUGGCUGCUGCGAGAGAAGGCCAAAGCCCCAAAUGGCUGGGAGGCGACCAGGGUCGGCACAAACGUUUUCACCCGGAUCAACGGGCAGAACGUGGGAGAAUCUGUGAGGAGCGACCUGUGACCUGUGACCCCAGCAGCACCAUGACCCCACUCUGCAGCCCCAGGGCUCCUGGCCCUCCCUCCCCCGAAUCUCUCGAGAGCGUCUCGCUCGGCCUCAGGGCUGUUUCCUAGGCUGCAGAGGCGCCAUCUCUGUCUCCAUCUCCCCUCGCUCUCCGGUUACACCCACAUCCCAGAAUCGCUGCCCGCGCCCCCGACGCUGCAAUUUAGUUCCUUUCCCAGUAAAGCUCUAGCGUGGGAGGCAAAUGAGUCUCUGGUGUUUUUAUCGCUCUUGGGGUGAAGCUGUUGCUGACCCGUGAUUCCCACCUGCCCCCUCUGGAUUCCCUGGGAGGUGCCGGAUUCUCUCUCAUUAGCUGGGACCUUCCUGAGACGCCCUUUGGCAGUUUCAUCCCCCUGGUUCGCUCCUUUGCUCACUGGACAUUCAAUAACAGAUUUAGAAGUAGCCAUCAUUCAACAAAAAAACUUCAAAAACAGACUUCAAAGAGAAACUGCAGAGCUAAAAUUCAUUUGCAAAUUUACCACCAUUAAUUUGGGCUUGAAUAGGGACUGGGAGUGGCUGGCUCACUACAAAAGCAAUUUUCCCUCUCUUGGUAUUGACACCUCCUCAUCAGUUAUUGGGAGUGGACCACAUCCACCCUGACUGAAUUGGCCUUGUCAGCACUGGCUCUCCACUGGUAAGGUAACUCCCUUCUCUUCAUGUGCCAGUAUCUCUAUAAUUUUCACUCCAUGC